CCGGCUUUAAUAUGUCACUGUUCCUGGUAGAUGUGCAUCUGUGAGUGUGUAGGGCAGAGACAAGGAGAGCGCUUAGUGCUCAGAUCAAGGGGCUGCUGCUGCUGUAUAACUGGGCGCAAGCACAUUGAGUUCCUCUGCCAGUCUAUAGGCGCCUCUGAGCUUUGCCGACAGGAUGAUUGCUGCCCAGCUGCUGGCCUAUUACUUUACAGAACUUAAAGAUGAUCAACUCAAGAAGAUUGAUAAAUAUCUGUACGCUAUGCGCCUUUCCGAUGAAACCUUACUCGAUAUUAUGGGGAGGUUCAGAACAGAAAUGGCAAAUGGUCUAUCAAGAGACACAAAUCCAACAGCAAUUAUCAAGAUGUUGCCAACAUUUGUAAGAUCGAUCCCUGAUGGAACAGAAAAGGGAGAUUUCAUUGCUCUGGAUUUGGGUGGAUCGUAUUUUCGCAUUUUGAGAGUGAAGGUUUCACAUGAGAAGAAGCAAACAGUCCAGAUGGAGAGUGAAAUCUAUGAUACACCAGAAGAUAUUAUCCAUGGUAGUGGUACCAGACUUUUUGACCAUGUUGCUGAAUGCCUGGGAGACUUCAUGCAGAAGAAGCAGAUCAAAGAUAAAAAGCUGCCAGUUGGAUUUACCUUAUCCUUCCCUUGUAUUCAAACCAAAAUAGAUGAGGGUGUGCUGGUUACCUGGACCAAGAGAUUCAAAGCCAGUGGGGUUGAGGGAAUGGAUGUUGUGAAACUCCUUAACAAGGCAAUCAAGAAACGUGGGGACUACGAGGCUGAUAUAAUGGCUGUAGUAAAUGACACCGUUGGGACAAUGAUGACUUGUGGGUUUGAUGACCAGAGAUGUGAAGUUGGUAUAAUCAUAGGUACUGGGACCAAUGCUUGCUACAUGGAGGAGUUGAGGCACAUUGAUAUGGUGGAGGGGGAUGAGGGUCGAAUGUGCAUUAACACUGAGUGGGGAGCAUUCGGUGAUGAUGGGUGCCUGGAGUAUGUCAGGACGGAGUUCGAUAGAGAGAUAGACCGAGGUUCACUUAAUCCAGGAAAACAGCUGUUUGAAAAGAUGGUCAGUGGCAUGUACAUGGGGGAACUUGUCAGACUUAUCCUAGUCAAAAUGGCCAAAGAAGAAAUCCUGUUUGAAGGAAGAAUCACUCCUGAGCUUCUGACCAGAGGAACAUUUGAAACAAAGCACGUCUCUGCAAUUGAGAAGAGCAAAGAAGGUUUAAGCAAAGCCAAAGACAUAUUGACCAGGCUUGGUGUAGAACCAUCUCAUGAAGACUGCAUUGCUGUGCAGCAUGUAUGUACAAUCGUUUCCUUCCGCUCUGCUAAUCUAGUUGCUGCUACACUUGGUGGAAUCCUCAUACGACUACGUGAAAAUAAAGGGGUUCCUAGACUGCGUACUACUGUGGGCAUUGAUGGAUCCUUGUACAAGAUGCACCCACAAUAUGCCAGACGCUUACAUAAAACAGUAAAACGAUUGGUUCCAGAAUCGGAUGUAAGAUUCCUCUUAUCUGAGAGCGGCAGUGGUAAAGGAGCUGCCAUGGUGACUGCGGUGGCAUAUAGGCUGGCAGAACAGAGAAGGCAGAUUGAUGAGACCUUGGAAGAGUUUAAGCUCAGCCGUGAUCAGUUGCUUGAAGUGAAGAAGAGGAUGCGGGUUGAAAUAGAGAAUGGACUUAGGAAAAAGACCCAUGAAUCGGCAAAGGUUAAAAUGUUAGCAACAUUUGUAAGGAGUACACCUGAUGGCACAGAAAAUGGAGACUUUCUGGCACUGGACCUUGGUGGCACAAACUUUAGAGUUUUGCUUGUGAAAAUUCGAAGUGGGAAAAAAAGAAUGGUGGAAAUGCACAAUAAAAUCUAUGCCAUCCCUACAGAUGUCAUGCAGGGGACAGGGGAAGAGCUGUUUGAUCACAUUGUUCAUUGUAUUUCUGAUUUCCUGGAUUACAUGGGAAUUAAGGGAGCAAGACUUCCGUUGGGCUUCACUUUCUCAUUCCCCUGCAUGCAGACCAGCUUGGAUGCUGGCAUGUUAGUCACGUGGACCAAGGGUUUCAAAGCCACUGAUUGUGAAGGAGAAGAUGUGGUUAAUCUAUUAAGAGAGGGAAUUAAGAGAAGAGAGGAGUUUGACCUGGAUGUGGUUGCCAUUGUAAAUGAUACAGUAGGAACCAUGAUGACCUGUGCGUAUGAAGAUCCAAACUGUGAAAUUGGUCUCAUUGUUGGGACUGGCAGCAAUGCAUGUUACAUGGAAGAGACAAAGAAUAUUGAAAUGGUGGACGGAGAACAGGGAAGAAUGUGCGUGAACAUGGAAUGGGGAGCGUUUGGGGACAAUGGAUGUCUUGAUGAUAUCCGCACAGUCUAUGACCAGGCUGUUGAUGAAUUGUCAUUAAAUUCAGGGAAACAAAGGUAUGAGAAGAUGAUCAGUGGCAUGUAUUUAGGAGAAAUUGUGCGCAACAUAUUAAUUGACUUUACAAAGAGAGGAUUCCUGUUUAGAGGACAGAUUAGCGAGGCGCUGAAAACCACAAGUAUCUUUGAAACCAAAUUCCUUUCCCAAAUUGAAAGUGACAGAUUAGCUUUGCUCCAAGUCCGGUCUAUCCUCCAGCAAUUAGGUCUGAACAGCACCUGCGACGACAGUAUAAUAGUAAAGGAGGUGUGUGGCGCUGUAUCUAGAAGGGCGGCACAGCUGUGCGGCGCAGGCAUGGCGGCCGUCGUGGAUAAAAUCCGAGAGAACAGGGGCUUAGACCAUCUGGACAUCACAGUUGGAGUUGAUGGAACAUUAUAUAAAUUACAUCCACACUUCUCCAGAAUCAUGCACCAAACCGUUAAAGACCUCGCCCCGAAGUGCAAUGUUUCUUUUCUCCUGUCGGAGGAUGGGAGCGGUAAAGGAGCGGCUCUGAUCACUGCUGUGGCCUGCAGACUCCGCAGCGGGGAAUAAAACGAAAUCCUGAACAUCUUCCUUUAAUGCUCCUGCCUUUUACAGCACUUUCAUUUCAAGCAUAACCUUAAGUAGGCUGGUCAGCUCCAGUCAUGAUGUCCAUAGGAAGAUAAUAAGGGGAAAUAGUAGGUCACAGUAGAAAAUUCUUGCUCCGCUAUGUAUCAGUCCCACAGUUAAAGGGGAAGUUUAGCUUUAACUUAACUAUUAGUAUGCUAUACAAUGUCAUUGUUUAAGCAAAUGUUCAUUUGGUCUUCGUUAUUUAAAAUGUUUUAUCAUUUUUUAAUUAUUUAUCGUUCUUUUCUGCCUCUUUCCAGGUUUAAACAAUACACAGUCAGUGAGGCUAGAAUGUUAUUAUUUAUUUUUCUAUUCUCUCCUGUUCAUAUUACAGUCUUUUAUUCACACCAUUGCCUGACUGUUAGGGGCAGAUUUAUCAAAGGUCGAGGUGAAUUUUCGAAUGCCAAAAAUUAGAAUUUCAAGCUACUUUUUGUGUACUUCGACUAGGG